CCUGCCCUGGAUAUGCUCAACAUGUCCUGCUGCCAGAGGACAGAGACAGCGAGCGUGCCAAAAUAUUUGUGCUGCUGCUCGUUUCAGUCCUCAGCCUGACGAGGGACCUGUUUGCAAGGCGUAAGGCGGACGCUGCCUGGCCCGGUGAGUCAGUGUCAUCUUGCGAGAAGAAGUGCGCAUAGGAACCCGGCGGCAGUGCAUGGACACAACAUGGGCUCAGACGAGGCCUACAAUUUUGUCUUCAAGGUUGUCCUAAUCGGAGAGUCGGGUGUCGGCAAGAGCAACCUGCUGUCCCGCUUCACCAAAAACGAGUUCAACCAUGACAGUCGCACCACCAUCGGCGUGGAGUUCAGCACGCGGACGGUGCAGCUCAACACCUUCUCCAUCAAAGCCCAGAUAUGGGACACGGCGGGGCUGGAGCGAUACCGGGCCAUCACGUCAGCCUACUACAGAGGAGCGGUGGGGGCUCUGCUGGUCUAUGACAUCACCAAACACCUGACCUAUGAAAGCGUGGAGCGCUGGCUCAAGGAGCUUUUCGACCACGCCGACCCGCACAUUGUGGUCAUGCUGGUGGGCAACAAAUCCGACCUGGAGUCCGAGAGAUCGGUGCCGACGGACGAGGCCAAAGAUUUUGCAGAGAAAAGAAAUCUGCUAUUUCUCGAGACGUCUGCUUUGGCAUCGACUAACGUGGAGGCAGCAUUCAACACCGUCCUAACAGAGAUUCACAAGAAGGUGAGCAGUAAGGAAGUGGUGCGAGGCUCCAUCUCUGCAGUCUCCUUGGACACCUCCACAGUGCAACACACAGAGGAGAAGAAACCUUGCUGCAAGAACAUCUAAGCACCCUCAGAAGAGCGGGGGGACCACGGUGGAAGGAGGGCGGUAGCGUCAGGCCGCCCCAUCAGCCCGGCGAGACAUGCAUGGCCAGGGUCCUGGCAUUAGUGGAGCCGCUUUGAAUUAGGAAAAAAAAAAAAACGGACUGAUUUGAACAUGUGGAGGUUGCAUCAUGGUAAUGUUGUAGAUUCAUGAUGAUGAAUCAAUAUCCAUCCAGGUAUGGAUCCUGUGGAUGAAACAUGUAAUUUUAUCCAUGCACAAAAUAAUGUUAUACUGUUUUUAAUUUGUUUGUUUUGUUACGCUUUUUCCUGAUUACGGAGUAGCCACAUACAAAUUAUUAUUGUGGUUUUUGCUUGGUGGCUAAUAUUUGAGUGAUUGAGUGAAAUGAUUGAUGAACUAUGCUUGUUAACUCUUAACCAAUUAUUUACUAAUCACAACAUUAGGUACAGGCAAUGGAGUGAUUAAGAGCUGUUUAUUAAAAAUACAGUAUGUUUAUCAUUUAGGUUGCAAUGUUACAGCUGCACACCUGCACUACAUCAUACAGAGAACAGGAUGACCCACCCAAAACGUGAGGUAUUGUACUUCAAAUAAUAUCACAAAAAAUAACAAAAAACAUAAGCAUUACAAGAAAAUAAAU